AUGAUCUUCUAUCUGUACCGCGUAGGCAGGGGGGUGUCCAUUGGUAGCACUUGCUCCCUGAGCAUCUUCCUUGCUGUCAGCAUCAGCCAGGGGGACUCCAAAUGGGCAGGGCUGAAGGGGAGAGCCCACAAGCACAUUGUCUCCACCGUCUACUUUAGCUGGGGGGUCUUCCUCCUGGUGAGCAUUGUUUUUCUCAUGUUCAUGACCGGACCCAAAGCACACAACAACAUCACGAGCUUAAUGGCCUAUGGAUACUGUUCCUCCGUGCGUCAUGACCCAGCUACUGAUGUGCUGUACUUGGCCAUGCUCUCGGUGCCUGAUGCUCUGUGUCUGGGGCUCAUGCUCUGGGCCAGCACCUCCACGCUCUUGGUCCUGUACAGACACAAGCAGACAAUGCAACACAUCCAGAAGACCAGUGUCUCCACCAGAGCCUCUCUUGAGUCCAGAGCUACCAUAAGCAUCCUCCUCCUGAUGAGCGCCUUUGUCUUCUUUUACUCUGCAUCCUGCAUCUUUUGGAUUUGCUUGUUUGUGAUUUACAAUCCUAGCCCUGUGUUUUACCAUAUGGGAGUGUUUGCUAUGGGUUGUUUCCCAGCCCUCAGCCCUUUCCUGCUCAUGAGUGGACACUCCACGCCCUGCAGCCUCCUCUUCACCUGCACAAAGAAGAAAGUGGUCCUCCCUUGA